AAAGCAUGCACUGAACCCAUGACACAAUAUUCCUUGAUAACGAAAAUUACCAGAGACCAGCUCAUAGUAUCUAUCGCCAACAGCACUUCUAGUUUCUAAAGGCAACGGUUUUUUCAGAUGGCUUCAACAAUGCUUUCUUUAGCUUCUACCACUCCUUCUGCUUCACUUUCUAUGCAAGAAAUUCUCAAGGGAAAGGCGAGGCUUGGAAGUGGUAGUGUGAGUACAUUGUUUAACAAGGAGAAAGGCAAUCCCUUUAUCAAGGCAAAGUCAUUUGGCCGGAUAUCUAUGACUGUCGCAGUUAAUGUAUCUCGUUUUGAGGGUAUAGCUAUGGCUCCUCCUGAUCCUAUCCUUGGUGUUUCUGAAGCUUUUAGAGCAGACACGGAUGUAAAGAAGCUCAACCUUGGAGUUGGGGCCUACCGAACUGAAGAGUUACAGCCUUAUGUGCUUGAUGUCGUUAAGAAGGCUGAGAAUCUUAUGCUGGAGAGGGGUGAAAACAAGGAGUAUCUCCCAAUUGAAGGUUUGGCUGCAUUCAAUAAGGUGACUGCAGAGUUAUUAUUCGGAGCUGACAACCCAGUGAUAAAACAACAAAGAGUUGCAACUGUUCAAGGUCUUUCAGGCACUGGUUCGCUUCGAUUAGCUGCAGCGCUCAUUGAGAGAUAUUUUCCUGGAGCGCAAGUUCUGAUAUCAUCUCCAACUUGGGGUAAUCACAAGAAUAUUUUCAAUGAUGCAAGAGUUCCAUGGUCCGAGUACCGAUACUAUGAUCCCAAAACAGUUGGCUUGGAUUUUGAGGGGAUGAUAUCAGACAUAAAGGCAGCCCCUGAGGGAUCAUUUGUAUUGCUUCAUGGCUGUGCACACAACCCGACUGGUAUUGAUCCAACCCCUGAACAAUGGGAGAAAAUUGCUGAUGUCAUUCAAGAAAAGAACCACGUUCCAUUUUUUGAUGUGGCCUACCAGGGAUUCGCUAGUGGAAGCCUCGAUGCAGAUGCAUCAUCAGUGAGGUUGUUUGCUGCACGUGGUAUGGAGCUUUUGAUUGCUCAGUCGUACAGCAAAAACUUGGGCUUGUAUGCUGAAAGAAUUGGGGCAAUUAAUGUUGUCUGCUCAUCGGCAGAUGCAGCAGCAAGGGUUAAGAGCCAGCUGAAAAGGAUUGCCCGACCAAUGUACUCAAAUCCUCCUGUUCACGGUGCUAGGAUUGUUGCUAACGUUGUUGGGGAUCCAAUUCUCUUUAAUGAAUGGAAAGAAGAGAUGGAGAUGCUGGCUGGAAGGAUAAAAAAUGUGAGGCAGAAACUAUUUGACAGUCUCUCCGCAAAAGAUAAGAGUGGGAAAGAUUGGUCUUUUAUACUGAAGCAGAUUGGCAUGUUCUCCUUCACAGGCUUGAACAAAACUCAGAGCGAAAAUAUGACCAACAAGUGGCAUGUCUAUAUGACAAGGGAUGGAAGAAUAUCCUUGGCAGGACUGUCUUUGGCCAAAUGUGAAUACCUUGCUGAUGCCAUUAUUGACUCUUACCAUAAUGUCAGUUGAUGGAGAUAGUGAACGGGUAUACCAGAACCAACAGUUAAUAAAUUUUGGUGACUUCGAUGUUUUACUGAGUUUAUAUUAUUUUACAGAAAUUUUGUAAUAAUGUUCACUGGUAUGACCGUCACAAAUCCAUGUAAACUGAGCUUUGAUUGAGGCUGUUUAUUACAUCCCAGCUGGUGCGAGUUGUAGUUUUA